CUCGCCCACCACCAGCACCAGUCGGCCGCGCUGGCACAUCCGGGACAUGCACCUGUUUGCGCGGCGUCCGUUUUCAGCGAUCCGCGGAGGUACCACUGCAUCUCCAUGGGCGCCUCAGAGGGCAGCCACAUCCAGAACGGCAAGCGCAUGCGCACGGCCUUCACCAGCACGCAGCUGCUGGAGCUGGAGCGCGAGUUCUCCAGCAACAUGUACCUGUCCCGCCUGCGCCGCAUCGAGAUCGCCACCUACCUCAGCCUGUCCGAGAAACAGGUGAAGAUCUGGUUCCAGAACCGCCGCGUCAAACACAAGAAGGAGGGCAAGGCGGCGCAGAGGAGUUCCCACGCGCCUGGCGGUGGCGGAGGCGGCGGCACGUGCAAGUGCUCGGCCGUGCACUUCGCUCGCUCGGAAGAUGAGGAGUCCCUCUCUCCCGCCUCGACCUCAGAGGAGAAGGACGGGGUGCUCAUCAUGUGACUGCCGAGGCUUUGGAUCAAGUGAUCUCUAUGGGCCUAAAAAUCCACCUGCAUGAAAACUGUUGAAGAGGAAAACUUUAUUGAUAAUGUGAAUGCACGUUUUGACAGAAAUGAACUCGAUUUCGUAAAACAGUGUUCUCAAACCGGUUGUUCCACAAGACAAAGCUUGUCAACUGACUUGCAAUGAUAGUGUUGGUGGAAAAUAAGGUUUGUAAGAGCUUACAGAAACCACAAGACGGCUGUAAAGCACUACUUUUGUGCAAAUGAAACUCCUCAACUCCCUUACUUGGCACUAAAAUGCCCCAAAAGGGCAGCAGAGCACUCCUUUCGUCCAAAUGAAACGCCUCAACUCACUUCCUCGGCACCGUGAUCCCACGGCAUGGUGCCAAAGCACUACUUUUGUCAAACCGAAGCUCCUCAAUUCAAUUCAACAUAGUUCCAGUCAGGGGGCGACUGGACCCAAAAAGUUUGAGAACCCGUCCCACGUGGCCGGGAAGUUUUCCACUUUGACCUCUUCACUGUGAGCGGGUGUGCGUGUUUGUGUGUUGAUGAUAAACCCUUAGAAGCAAAAUCUAAAACAGCAUAUAGGACAACCUGUGUGUGGAACCCGUAAGCAACAUGUGUUUGCAAGCUAUGUGUAUAUCGUGUGUAUUUAUUGCAAUAAAACAAUAUACUUUGGAUAUGUCACUUAUUUCACCCAUAAUUGCCUUUGCACCAUCGAUUGAAUCGAUUCAUUCAUUCCAUUUUUGGUCAUCUUAAACAUGUUUAAAUGCAACUCGUACACCCUCCAAAACUACUGAUGUGACAUU